AUGAACGCAGUCCAACAACCGCCUGGCGCAAGCACAGCAUUUCAGUCUUCCUACGGUCGGCCCUACUCGCUCUCGGAUCGCGCAAACUCCUUCACACCGCGGCAUGCCAUGAACCCUCCUAAUUUCCCCCAACCUGGCCAGGUCUUUCGUCCCUCCAAUGGCUCCCAACAAACAUAUCAGUCACUGGCAAUGGCUACCAUGAGCGCAUUCAAGGAAGAUAGUAAUGCUACCAGUGCAGCGCAAGCACAUUCUGGAUCCGGCGCAUUUGCCCUGGGACCUUGCUCAGUCCAGAUCCGACGUCUCCCUCUCAACACAACCGAGGACACUUUGAGGUUGAUGGUUGUCUGGUCGAAGGAUUUCAUUGAAGCCGAGGUGAUGUCGCCCGACAGGUCCGAAGAUCCGGGAUUUCGUUCCGCGAUACUGCGCUUCAAGUCGCAUGCAGGUGCUCUCGAGGCGAAGAAAAUGCUCGACGGGAAGCCAAAUGUUGCCAAUGAUGCACAGAUGAUCGUCGAGAUAUUGUAUGGCAGCCCUACUGCAUCCCGACGGUACACUUUGGACAACACGUCGAAUCCUGGUCCCUCCAGUUCCACUUCUUCGACAGCGUCAUCUGGUGGCCCACCCCCUCGUCAGGCAUCGCGAUUCAACAAUUCUUUCCAAGCGUCACAGCCAAGAGUAUCCCCAACAAGCAACGGCCCAUACCCAAGCAAUGAGCUCCCAAAUCCCGAGAACAGCGCCCACUACCAAAGUCUGUUCUCCCCACAAUCCCCUAUCGGCAAUCACUUGAACGAGCGGACCAGGAUCACCGGAAAGUCUCUAAUCAACAAUGACUCUGUCGAUGAUGACGAGACUGGUGAACUACUCAAGGAUCCAGUCGGUUAUGCCGAGCAUGGAUCUAUUCAGGGACGCCGAAAGACUCUUCCGCAGCUGCCCAUCUCGCGCAUGAAUGGGCUCUCCCUUAGUACAAAUGCUGCGGUCCCAGCAUCCAUCUCAUCGACGUUCGCUACCCCUACUCCACACAACAUUCACAACAACACAAUGUCUCCACCGCUCACGAACGGAGGUCCCCCUGUCAACUAUCAACUAGGGAGUCAGCAUUACCAGCGACAUAAUUUCCCUCCAGUCAACCCAGCUGAUCAAAAUCCCCCAUGCAACACCCUAUAUGUUGGGAACCUUCCGAUCGACACAUCUGAGGACGAGCUCAAGGCCAUGUUUUCGAAGCAACGAGGCUACAAGCGUCUCUGCUUCAGAACCAAGCAGAAUGGACCCAUGUGCUUUGUUGAGUUCGAGGACGUCUCAUUCGCGACCAAGGCUCUUCAUGAGCUCUACGGCCACCCUCUUCACAACAGCGUGAAAGGAGGGAUCAGGCUGAGCUUCUCCAAGAAUCCUCUUGGCGUCCGUUCUGGUCAGGGAAUGUCAUCUCCCUGCCCACAAAAUGGUCCUGGUGCCAUGCAGGGUAUCAACGGAGCGAUGCUAGGUGGUCCACCAUCAUUCAGUACGGCUAGUGGGCCUCCACCUGGCCUUGCUGCGCCGCCCGGCCUUCAAACUAAUAGAAUAUACCCUGCUGUCAUCGCCGGAGCUGCACCACAUUAUAAUGGGAACUUAUUCGCGGGACACAGCAGUGGAUGGUCUGGCCCGGUCUACCACCCCAUGACCGCUGGAGGUCCAGCAUCGAUGGCCAAUGGCGCACACGGCAGUGUUCCUCCCGCAUACAUGAUGGGGAGGACAGCAUUGCAUUGCGCAUUUCACAUACAUACUUGGGAGCGUGGUGUUCAUAUCAUAAGAUUCCCCCUGCGCGUUGUUGGUUGGAACGAUCGGUGGAGUUGGGAGGAAUCGACGGGUUCUUCGCUGGCAUCAUCUGCUGGGCGUACGGGUGUGGAAUCUGCUGUCAUUGCGUUUGGCGUCACUGUUGCGGUUGUCACGUGUUCGGCCAGCGCAGAUGUUUCUCACAAGCGCAACGCAACGAAAAGCAUGUAUCCAAGCAUAAACAACAUGUACGACUCUCUAUCUCGAGUUCAGGCAGAGAUAGAUGGGUGGUGGAAAAUGGCGCAUAUCUCGACAACUGGUUUCUUCACGUCUUUUGUUUUUGAAUGGGCACAGGAUGCAGCAACACUUGCGGUCUUUUCUUGGCUGUGCGAUUCUUUUUGGUACGCAUUAAUGACGGGCUGGGAGAUGGGGAUACAUGAUCUUUAUUUUUGCUUGGCAUAUCCCUCACCCCGGGGGGCGUUCUCUUACCGGUAUAUCAUACAGUUGUCUUGGCUGGCUUGUGCUAGUAGUAGUCGUAGUCGUAGUAUGGCCGUGGCCGUGGCCGUUGCAGUGGACAGCGCGAACCGAGGUCACCAUCGGUUCGCCCGCCUGAGCGAAGCUGGGUGGGUGUUGGAUGUCGAACAGUCGUCUAGUCUCCAGGCCGCGAAGGCGUCGACCUGGAUACCUGUGCAUAUGCGAGAGGCUGCUGCUCCUGCGGCUGCGGCUGCGGCUGCUGCCACAGAUGGCAGGCAGCCUGUCGUUUUGGGCGUUGGUGGCGCAAAGUGA